AUGGAUCCCCUGAGCAUCACCACCAGCGUUAUCGCCCUCCUACAGGUUUCACGCAAAGUCAUUGACCUUAUUUCAACCAUAAUCUCCGCGUCAGCUGAAAUACGCUGUCUCACAGUUGAGAUCAGUACCACUCGCGCUCUUCUUUCAAGCAUCUCCGAUAUUGCCGCUGUAGAUGAAACAUGGAACAAGAAUUUACGGCAAUUGAUGACCGAGGAUGGUCCUAUGCAAAUGCUAGAUACACUUUUAUCAAAGUUGGAUCACCGUUUGAGCCGUGAAGUGGGAAUAAAGGGUGAGGUAGGGCGGCUGAGAAAGAAGCUAACGUGGCCCUGGCGAGCUGAUGACACGCGGGAAAUGAUAAGGGUCGCAAGGGAGGCUAGAGGGUUGCUCGCUGGAGCUCUGGCCGUGGACCAUUUAUCCGCGAAUAUUCUCAGAAGACAUUGUCCAGACAGGAUGGUUCGUCAAUUGUUGACUGGCACGAUCAAGAUUCUUAAUCUAACCCAACUAGUAACCGAGCAACGGAUGGUGUUCGAAUGGCUGUCGACCGUCGAUGCUGCUGAGUGCCACCAUACUGCCCGCGCCAAACAUGAGCGGGGGACUGGCGACUGGCUGCUUGACUCAGAAGACUUUGGUCUUUGGUUGACUGGUACGAGGGAGGUUAUUUGGUUGUAUGGAAUCCCAGGCUCAGGAAAGACAGUGCAUUGUUCAACGGUCAUAGAGCACGUCCAAAGGAUCUGCAAAAACGAUGAAAAGCCAGAGUCUUUCUGUAUCUAUUAUUACUUUGACUUCAAAGACCGGAGACGGCAGACCUUCGAUGGCUUUAUCAGGUCAGCCCUUGCUCAAAUUUGCCAACAAAGCACGGUAUUUCCGCAAGAGGUGUUGAAUCUGUAUGCAGACAAAAGUAAAAAGGGCCAAGAUCCAAACCCGGCGACUCUUGUUGAGGCACUCUUAACACUUUUGAAACGACCUGGAAAGAAAUAUAUUAUCCUUGACGCUUUGGACGAAUGCCUAGCACAGACAGAGAUAUUCGACCUAAUUUUGAGGAUCAAGGAGGGCUCCGCAUGGUCAGCCAAUAUCAUGGUUACCAGUCGCAUGGAACGGCAGAUCCAGACUGGGCUGCAGUAUCUGGUUACUCGGGCGAUUCCUCUUCGUGGGCCACAAGUGGAUCAUGAUAUCCAGACGUUAGUCCGCCAUGUUCUCGCAUCAGAUCCCUUGUUGAGCAACCGCCCAAUCCACAUGAAGAAAGAGAUCGAACAUGCCAUUUCGAGUGGAGCCAGUGGAAUGUACGUCCCAGAGAACUUAUGUGAACCUUCCCUAUCUCCCAUUAUUGAUGACGCCGUGCGGAGAACGCUACGGUGUCUUCCUAAAACACUGGAUGAGAUAUACGAGCGUAUUCUUUGCGGAAUAGAUGAAGAGGCCCGCUCUAUCGCUUUCACAGCGUUGCAGUUUCUAGUGAUCUCGUCGCGUCCUGUCAACUUAGAUGAGCUAUCUGAAAUGGUGGCCAUCAAACCUGGAGUCAGUAUUCUCGUCGAAAUUGAUAGACUCUUUGACCCUACGGAUGUGCUGGCUGUAUGUUCAAGUCUCGUCACCACCUCCAGAGUAUCUUGGGUUCAAUUGUCGCACUACUCUGUUCGGGAAUGCUUGACAUCGGAGCGGAUCUGCCAAGGGCCAGCCAGUUACUUUGCCAUAAAAGAGCCUGAAGCACACCUAGCAAUCGCACAACGUUGCUUGACAUACCUGCUAUCAUUUGAUCAGUCAGUUAUAUUAGACAACUUCCACCAAUCCACAUAUGCCUUGCCCUCAUUGGAUGAGCACACGAGAUACCCCCUACUAGAGUACGCCGCGUUUGAAUGGCAUACUCAUGUGCGGCUCCUCCCUUCCGAAUACCAGAAACAGGCUGAAUCAAUGAUUCUUCGUCUUUUGGAUCAAGAUAAUCUCGCUUUUCACCGUUGGCUAUCUAUCUAUCGCUCCGGUGAAGAUGAAAACUGUCCCGGAAGUCCAUUAUAUUAUGCCGCGGAGUUGGGAUUAUCAUCCAUGGUAUGCACGAUUCUUGACGCAGGUGGAGAUGUUAACUCUACCGGCGGCAUGUUCGGAUCAGCGCUUGCAGGUGCCGCUCUAGAGGGGCAUACAGAGAUCGUUCGCAUCUUGUUAGAGCAUGGCGCAGAUGUCAAUAUUCGGGGCGGCUUCUUCCAUACGCCUCUACAGGCUGCUUGUGUGAACGAAAGACUUGAUGUGCUCAAUCUGCUACUUGAUUACGGCGCAGAUAUUAAUAUCAUUGGGGGAUACUAUGGCUGUGCUCUCCAAGCAGCUGCCGCGAGAGGAUGGCCAGCAGGCGCCCUACGCCUCAUCAAAUCAGGCGGAGACAUUACCAUAGUGGCAGGGCAAUUCGGCACAGGCCUACAGGCUGCAUCGCGGUAUGGCCAUGAAGAACUUGUCAUGGAGCUUUUGGCAAGAGGUGCGGACCCGAAUGCUGCCGGUGGCUACUACAACACUGCCCUCCAAGCAGCUGCGCGGGGUGGACAUAUUGGAAUUAUUCGCAUGUUGUUGGAACAUGGUGCAGAUGUGCAUAUGGAGGGUGGAUUCUGCGGCAGUGCUCUACGUGCUGCCCAAUCUCGACAAAACCACGCCGCCGUCGACAUUAUUGAAGCCCAACUCCGGUCGAGUGGCUCGGAUGGAUCUUCAGUGCAAAGGUUGAAAAGGCUGUCCGAAGAAACUGGAGAGGAUUGUGAAGAGAGUGUCCUGUAG